UCCUGUACAUCUCAGGGGUUCAAGGACGAAAAAACAGCAUCUGUGCCUUAAAAGGUUCAUCAGUGGAUCUGCCCUGCUCAGCUGAACAUCCCACUUCAAACAUAAAAUGGUACACUGUUCACUGGAAUGGAUAUAACUUUGUUCUGAAUAAAGUCUCUGCAGAUGGAAAUCGUGUAACGUACAACAUGUCAGAAGAGAAUCACACAACUCUAACAAUCAAAGAUGUGACAGAGAGUGAUGCAAAGUUUUACUGCUGCAGAGAAAAUACUGACACACCAAAACUCUGCGGGCACAAAAGAAUUCAGCUCCAUGUUACAGACCUGCAGGUGAAGGUGAUUCCCACCACAGAGGGACAGAGAGUAUCACUGAUGUGUAGCACCAGCUGUCCUCUGACUGAAAACCCUGCAGCCUACAUCUGGUACAAGAACAGAGAGUUUCUCUAUGAGGACUGGUCUCCCUGGUACCAACAGCUGGUCAGCAGUGAGGAAGCAGUCACAUACUCCUGUGCUAUCAAAGGCUACGAGGAUCUCAGAGCCCCUGAAGUCUCAGUGGAUUCUGUCACAUCGACCUGCUUUAGUGUGACCUAUGCUAAAGGGAGAAUGUGUUCUGAUAAGCAGACAUCAGUGGAUGAGCCCUGCUCCAUCACAUAUCCCAGAGAAUUACGAGUUCAAAAGACUCAUGAAGAGAGAUAUGUCCUACUGACCUGUGGCACCAGCUGUCCUCUGAUAGACGCCCAAACUGCAUAUAAGUGGUACCAAGGUGGAAACUACCUAUACAACAGUGGACAACAGUUUUUUGUCACCACCUUCUCUGAUGAAGGACAGUCCUGUGCUGUAAACAACCACGAGGAUCUGCACUCUGCCCAAGUCUGCCUUGAUGAUGAGAACUGCUGGAGUGUGAAUUAUGUCAGCAGGAGAAUCUGUGCUCUGCAAGGCUCUUCAGUGAACAUCUCAAGUGAAUAUUUACAUCCUGAAAACCAGCAGCCAAAAUCUAAAUGUUGGUAUAAAAUAAAGAGAAGUGUUGAGGAGGAUGCUGAAGAGCUGAUUAAGGCUGCAGGUCGAGUGGAGUAUCAUGACAACAUGAAGAACCACCACAUCCUGACAAUCAAUGACCUGAAGAAGAAUGACUCAGCAGAAUACACAUUCAGACUACAAGAAGAAAAUGGAGAAUGGAAACAGUCUGACUUUUCCGGAGUAACUUUGGUUGUCACAGGCCUGACAGUGAAGUUUGCUCCUUCUGCAGUGGUGACAGAGGGUCAGAGAGUCACACUGACCUGCAGUACCAGCUGUCCUCUGUCUGACAACACAAACUACAUCUGGUACUUGAACAGUCGACCUCUGACCCUGCCAGAGAACCAACACAAACAGCUGGUUCUAGAUCCAGUCAGCAGUCAGCAUGCAGGAAACUACUCCUGUGCUGUGAAAACCCACAACAUCCUCAGCUCCUUUGAAAAGACUCUCACUGUCCACAGUAACACAGGAAAAUGGACACCAGCAGCAGCUGCAGGAGGCAUAGCUGUUCUACUGCUUAUAAUAACUCUUGCUGUCUUUUUCGGGUUUAGAAGAAAGAGGGCGUCCAGCCAGUCUCCUGGAACUGAAACCUCAGACAACUUGGAACAGCUAAACCCUGGACCUGUCUAUGAGGAGGUCUCAGCUCAACCAACAGAGCAGCAUGAUCCUUACUACAGCAGAGUCCAUUUCACUCAGAACCACACAGACCCUCUUUAUUCCAUGGUCCAACCACAUGAGCACCAAGAACAACUGCACGAACCGUAUGCUGUGAUCAGCAUCAGACCCAAUACCCUUGAGCACAGUGGCCAGGCAGAGGAGAAUUUGUACAAUUUGUACUUAAACAAAAACGUACAUUAAGUACAGAACUUUGAUAUUGUUCUGUUUUCUCUGCAUUGCAAUUAUAUUAUUAAGGACCUUCAGUUGAUAAUUUCAAGACACCAGCUUACUGUGAAUGAGCAAACAAGCAUCACAACACAAUGAAUGUCAAAGGUGUGUAAUAUAUGUACAAACAGGACUGUAGUACUGUUGUAAAUAUUACAGAGGAACUGUAUGUUGUUCAGGUUAUUGUAUCCAUUUAUUGUUAUUAUAGCUUAUUGAGCUUGUUCUUUUUUUGUUGUUGUUGCCUAGCAACCAAGCAGUUCACGAUUAGUUAGUGAAGUCGUGCUCAGCUAUCACGUAAAGUUACGUUAACGCUAGCUAACUAUAGCUACAGCUAUUUUAUUUUUACCUAAUUAAAUGAAGUAACUUGUUUUACUGUUACUGUACUUAUGUUAACAACUGGGGAACAGACCUCACAGUACAGAAAACAAUCAUAAAGCUAAUCAUGAAAUAACCAACUUAAAACUGCCAUGUAGGACGGUUAAAUGUUAUGGUGUCAAUGCCUUUGUUGCCAAUGACAGCUAACCAUAUUAGCAUUAACUGACUACUGGUUGUUUUUAAUCUGGCAAUAGACUGUUUUCACAGUAACCAUUUUGACAUGAAAUAAUGGGGUCGACUCAGGUGUUUCCAAUUAUGCUAAUUAAGGUUCGGUUCCAUUUAUUGCAGCAGUGGUUUUCCCAUGAGCCCACAAGCAACACAGCACCACCCUGACUCUGUUUGACCUGAAUGGAACAUUACCUUACUUAUUAUAAUUGGUAACACCUGUGUUUAAACUACGAUGCCAUGUCUAUUUCCGUUUUGGUUCUUUUCUGUUUUGAGAAAGAGCAGCUACA